AUGGCAGAAAGGCUGAUAAAGACAAAGAAAACGACAGAAGGAGUAAGACACAAGAAAGGAAAAGCAGAAGAGAUUAAAGGCAGAUGUAAAGAAAAAUAUAUGGAAGGAAAAGCAAAGAGAAGAAAAAUAGAUGGGAAGUUAAUCAUUGGAAAGAAGCAAAAGAGUGCAGAAGAUCAGAACGAAAAUGUUAGACUGUGGCAGAGAUUGACGAUAAUAAGUGUGGAGAAGGAGAAAGACAAGAGAAUAGAAGGAAAAUACAAGAGGAGACAUUCAGAAAAGAGCAAGAUGAAUGGUGGAAAAGACAGAAUGGGAGAAAAACAAAAGAUGAAAGAGAUGAGAACAAAUACAGAGGAGAAACCAAUCAGCAGUCGAGAAAGGCAAAGGAAAAAGAAGCGAGGAGUAGGAGGAAGGAAAAAGGUGGAGGGCAUACAGAAUGAAAAAGACAGAAAGGAGAAAGAUGAAGGGCGAAAAAUGCAGAGGAGUAAGUACCGAAGAGCAGAAAUACAGAAGAUGAAAACGACAGAAGAGAAGAAAGAUAGAUGGGCAGAAAAUUAA